AUGCCGUGGUCCAUGUCAUCCUCCUCCUCCUCGGUCUUCACCCCACGCCGAACAGCCUCACCAUUCCAACCUCCACCCCUCACACCCCUCUCCCUCAUAAUCCCUAAAGGGCAAGACCUCCUCCAACAGCAACUUUUGACACGCGCCCUAGCAGAGGAAAUCCGCCUCCUCGUCCCCGCACGUCUCCAACUCGUCGAGAACUGGCGUCUAGCAUAUAGCCUCGAUCGCGACGGCGCCUCUCUAUCAACCCUCUACGACAACUGCGAGGAAUUCUCCCACCGUAGCCCGCGGGCAGGCUACGUCCUAGUCGUACGCGACUCCUCCCCCGCCGGCGCUGUCUUCGGCGCAUACAUGACCGAUCUCCCGCACCCCGACUCCCAAUUCUUUGGCACCGGCGACGACGGACCCCAGACGGAAGAAGCUCUCGAGCGCGCUGGUCUCCCGCCUCCCCCUUCUGCGGAUACCACCCACGCCGGACGAUGGAGUACAUUCCGCAGCGACCCCGGGGCGAAAUCGAGAACCGCGUCCCCGGCUCACAAUCUCAAUAUGAAUAUUAAAACUAAUCUUGCCGCUGCUAGUGGCGUGGUGCGAGCACCCCCUGAGCGUAUUCGCUUCAAGGCCUUCCCGUAUAGUGGUGUCAAUGACUAUAUGAUGUUCUGUGAGACUGGGUUCUUGAGCUUGGGCGGCGGCGAUGGACGGUACGGCCUCUGGGUGGACUCCGGCCUAGAGAAGGGCGUCAGCUCUCACUGUCAGACAUUUGGAAACGAGCCACUAUCUGAUGAGGGAGAGAAAUUUGAUAUCCUCGGCAUUGAGGUGUGGUACGUUGGCUCAUGA